GUCCCUGCCCGCCAAGGACUGUUGAAGGAGGGAGUCCCCAGUUCAGGCAGGGCAUCCUGUCACCAGUAUUGAGCACGAUUGGUGCUGAAGCAAGAACCCGCAAGUAGGAGCUGGGUUCUCCCAAGGUGAGCCCUACCAGCCGCCAGUGGGCAGGGGGGACCAGGCUCGCCUUGCGAGGCGCCCUGGCCAGGCCCCCCUCCCACCCCCCACCGCGCGCCUCGACUCCCCAGCGGGUGCUUGGAGCGCCAGAGUUGGGGGUGGGCAUGGGAGGGACGGCACUCUCCUGGGCGGUGAGCUGUCACGGAAUUUGACACCCGGAGAGGCAGCUGGUCCCUGGCCAGGACUCCUGAUCCUUCUCAAAUGGAAACAGUUUCUCCCAGCGAACCUGCCGGAAUUCUCAGUGGAAUCUCACUUCGGCUUCGCCUCUUGGCGCAUUUAACCAAGGCCGCGUUUCCCACGUUGGGGCACGGAAAGCUCCAAAUGGAGUGGGGCUCCUGGUUGCAGAACAAGGUUGAUUAUCCCUUCCUAGAACCUUGGAACUGUGUGUGGAAAGAAGCUGAGGAGCAGUGAGACGUUUCAGACCAGGAUCAGGAAAACAUCCUGAUGCUUGACCCUCAAGAGAUUCUUGCUGAGAAAACUACAAAAGGAUGGACUCCAGCAAGAGGAAAAGUGAAUCCAAGGAAUGGAGUGGAAGAUAAGCAAUAGCGGUGGGGAGGAGAAAGACGAACAGAAGAGGAGCUGGCUGCCGGCUGUCGCUUAACAGGCCCCCGACCCUCGAGCAAGCUGCUUCUCCACUGCCAGAGAAGCCUACGGACAGACACACCCACUGGGGCGGCCAGAGGGCCUGAGCGCAGGAGCCGGGGACCCGGCGGCCAGGGGCGCCAGCCCCUCAUGUUCCGCAGAAGGCGCAAAUGUGAUGUCAUGCCCAUUGUUUUGGUGCGCCCAACCAAUCGGACUCGCCGCCUGGAUUCUACCGGAGCCGGCAUGGGCCCUUCCUCGCACCAGCAGCAGGAGUCCCCGCUCCCGACCAUAACGCAUUGCGCAGGGUGCACCACCGCCUGGUCUCCCUGCAGCUUUAACAGCCCUGACAUGGAAACCCCAUUGCAGUUCCAGCGCGGCUUCUUCUCAGAGCAGCCACCGCCGCCGCGCUCUUCACACCUGCAUUGCCAGCAGCAGCAACAGAGCCAGGACAAGCCGUGCCCGCCCUUCGCGCCCCUCCCGCACCCUCACCACCACCCGCACCUGGCGCACCAGCAGCCGGGCAGCGGCGGCAGCAGCCCAUGCCUCCGGUGCAACAGCUGCGCCUCCUCCGGUGCCCCCGUGGCGGGGGCGGGGGAUAACCUGUCCCUGCUGCUCCGCACCUCCUCGCCCGGCGGCGCCUUCCGGACCCGCACCUCCUCGCCACUUUCGGGCUCGUCGUGCUGUUGCUGCUGCUCGUCGCGCCGGGGCAGCCAGCUCAAUGUGAGUGAGCUGACGCCGUCCAGCCAUGCCAGUGCGCUCCGGCAGCAGUACGCGCAGCAGCCGGCGUCCGCCUCCCAGUACCACCAGUGCCACAGCCUGCAGCCCGCCGCCAGCCCCACGGGCAGCCUCGGAAGUCUGGGCUCUGGGCCCUCGCUCUCGCACCACCAUCACCACCCGCACCCGACGCACCACCAGCAUCACCAGCCCCAGGCACGCCGCGAGAGCAACCCCUUCACCGAAAUAGCCAUGAGCAGCUGCAGGUACAACGGGGGCGUUAUGCGGCCGCUGAGCAACUUGAGCGCGUCCCGCCGAAACCUGCACGAGAUGGACUCAGAGGCGCAGCCCUUACAGCCCCCCGCGUCCGUCGGAGGAGGUGGCUGCGCGUCCUCCCCGUCUGCAGCAGCCGCCGCUUCGUCCUCAGCCCCGGAGAUCGUGGUGUCUAAGCCGGAGCACAACAACUCCAAUAACCUGGCGCUCUACGGAGCCGGUGGCGGAGGCAGCACUGGAGGCGGCGGCGGCGGAGGCAGCGGCAGCGGGCACGGCAGCAGCAGUGGCACCAAGUCCAGCAAAAAGAAGAACCAGAACAUCGGCUACAAACUGGGCCACCGGCGCGCCCUGUUCGAGAAGCGCAAGCGGCUCAGCGACUACGCGCUCAUCUUCGGCAUGUUCGGCAUCGUGGUCAUGGUCAUUGAGACCGAGCUGUCGUGGGGCGCCUACGACAAGGCGUCGCUGUAUUCCUUAGCUCUGAAAUGCCUUAUCAGUCUCUCCACGAUCAUUCUGCUCGGUCUGAUCAUCGUGUACCAUGCCAGGGAAAUACAGUUGUUCAUGGUGGACAAUGGAGCAGAUGACUGGAGAAUAGCCAUGACUUAUGAGCGUAUUUUCUUCAUCUGCUUGGAAAUACUGGUGUGUGCUAUUCAUCCCAUACCUGGGAAUUAUACGUUCACAUGGACGGCCCGGCUUGCCUUCUCCUAUGCCCCAUCCACAACCACCGCUGAUGUGGAUAUUAUUUUAUCUAUACCAAUGUUCUUAAGACUCUAUCUGAUUGCCAGAGUCAUGCUUUUACAUAGCAAACUUUUCACUGAUGCCUCCUCUAGAAGCAUUGGAGCACUUAAUAAGAUAAACUUCAAUACGCGUUUUGUUAUGAAGACUUUAAUGACUAUAUGCCCAGGAACUGUACUCUUGGUUUUUAGUAUCUCAUUAUGGAUAAUUGCCGCAUGGACUGUCCGAGCUUGUGAAAGGUACCAUGAUCAACAGGAUGUUACUAGCAACUUCCUUGGAGCGAUGUGGUUAAUAUCCAUAACUUUUCUCUCCAUUGGUUAUGGUGACAUGGUACCUAACACAUACUGUGGGAAAGGAGUCUGUUUGCUUACUGGAAUUAUGGGUGCUGGCUGCACGGCCCUGGUGGUAGCUGUGGUGGCAAGGAAGCUAGAACUUACCAAAGCAGAAAAGCACGUGCACAACUUCAUGAUGGAUACUCAGCUGACGAAAAGAGUGAAAAACGCAGCUGCCAAUGUACUCAGGGAAACGUGGCUAAUUUAUAAAAACACAAAGCUAGUAAAAAAAAUAGAUCACGCAAAAGUGAGAAAACAUCAACGAAAAUUCUUGCAAGCUAUUCAUCAAGCUCGGAAAUUAAGAAGUGUAAAAAUGGAGCAGAGGAAACUGAAUGACCAAGCAAAUACCUUGGUGGACCUGGCAAAGACCCAGAAUAUCAUGUAUGACAUGAUUUCCGACCUAAAUGAAAGGAGUGAAGACUUCGAGAAGAGGAUUGUUACCCUGGAAACAAAAUUAGAGACUCUGAUUGGUAGCAUCCAUGCCCUCCCUGGACUCAUCAGCCAGACCAUCCGGCAGCAGCAGAGAGACUUGAUUGAGGCUCAGAUGGAGAAUUACGACAAGCAUGUCACCUACAAUGCUGAGCGGUCGCGGUCCUCGUCCAGGAGGCGGCGCUCCUCCUCUACAGCGCCACCAACUUCAUCGGAGAGUAGCUAGAAGAGAAUCAGUUAACCACAAAAUAAGACUUUUUGCCAUCAUAUGGUCAAUAUUUUAGCUUUUAUUGUAAAGCCCCUAUGGUUCUAAUCAGCGUUAUCCGGGUUCUGUUGUCAGAAUCCUGGGAACCUGAACACUAAGUUUUAGGCCAAAAUGAGUGAAAACUCUUUUUUUUUUUCCUUUCAGAUGCACAGGGAAUGCACCUAUUAUUGCUAUAUAGAUUGUUCCUCCUGUAAUUUCACUAACUUUUUAUUCAUGCACUUCAAACAAACUUUACUACUAC